AUGGCUAAAGGCGCAAACUCUCCUCAACACCCUCGAUACUGGCUUCUUACGUCUCCUCGUACUGCCUCCAACCUGUUGGUCAAGAUGCUCAACCUUGGGGAGCAGAAUGUACGCCCUGCCAUCCACGGAGGAUACUUCUUUCUUCCAUCUUUGCCCAAGCACUUCUUGAUGGCUGAGAAGCCCAUGGACACCUGGACGGAGGAAGAGAAUUAUAUCGCUGCGGCCGAGAAGGAAGGUCAGAUUGUUUAUGUCAAGGAACACUCUAUCAUGUUGAACCAUCCUCGUUGCGAGGACAAUUAUGUCAACGGCUCCACGGGGUCCCAGAAAGAGGCUACACCACUUCCCAUGAUGGACAUCGCUCACCCAACACGAUCGCCGCUCAAUCUCACGCUGUUUCCGGAUGAGUUUCUCAAGACUUGGAAUCCAACCUUCCUCAUCCGCCAUCCGGCUCUGAUGAUCCCCUCUCUGUACCGCACAUGUUUUGGCAAGAUGGAAUGGGAGGGCUUCAAGCGCCCCAGAAAGGAACCCAUGGCAGCAGAGGUCACUACGAAGUGGCAUCGAACGUUGUAUGACUUUUACUCCGAGCACUUUGCCAACGACAGCAUCUGGCCUAUCGUCAUUGACGCCGACGAUGUCAUGACAUGUCCUCAACUGGUAGGCAAGUAUGCGCAGCUCACUGGCCUUGAUGAGAGCAAAGUCCGCUACUCGUGGGAUAAGGCAGGGGAGGAAGAGCUGAACAAGCUGAGCCACGUGGAGCAGAGGAUGCUCAGCUCUAUCAACGCUAGUACCACGAUUGACCAGAGUAAAGUCGCUGGCAAAGUUGAUAUUGAUCAGGAGGUAGUCAAGUGGAGGGCUGAGUUUGGUGAAGAAGGGGCGCAAAAGCUUGAGCGAUGGGUGAGAGACGCUAUGCCAGACUAUGAGUUUCUGCAUUCCAGGAGGCUCAGGUUGGAGCAAGAGUAG